CCGGGCGUCCCGGGCGUGGGGAGGAGGCUGCAGGAAGCGGAGGCGGCAGUGGAGACGCGGCCUUCUAGGGCAGCUGAGUCUGCGUCUCUUCUGGCUCCGCUGGGCCGCGCUGCCCCGGUCCCUCUGGGUGGAGCUGGGCCAGCAGGCAGAGCUGCGGUCCUGUCCUUUGCUCAGAGCUUAGUGCUGCGGCCAUGGCCUCCCUAGGCAUCCGGGCACCCGCAGCGUCGCGGCUCCGCAGCCUGGGCGGUGGCGGCAGCGUCGUGGUGAGACUCGGGACCCUGGAAUUCGUGUGUGUGUGUGUGUGUUGGGGGGGGGGGCAGGGAAACCCCAGGGUGUGGUGACCUUGUGUCCUGGGCGUGUUGUCAUAAACAGGGGGACAAGUUUGUGUGUUUCCAAUGCCAGAAUUUAUCGAAUAAUUAAUAAUUCACAAGUCAUGUGUAUUUCGUUAAUAAUUAGUCAAGUAUUCCCGAUUUUGCUAACUAGCCGUUGGCAAUCGCAGGUUUUUAUAUAACAAUCUAAAUACUAACAUUAGCUGGCAGAUCACAUAUGAACAUUUCACACAAAAACAUGCAAAUGUGCAGAUCACGGAAUGACUAAGAGCUAAAGUGGUUGAGUUUAGAGUCUCCUGAAGUAGGAGGCAUUGAGCUGAGACGGGUGCAAAGAAGAAUCUGAAGGGGACCAGAAGUGAUGUGCCAGCAGUGUAGGCACGGACAUGUCAAGAAUACGUGCACCAAACAUGCAGUAAGUCAAUUUGAAGUUGGCGAAUGUCCUGGGCAGGAGAAACCGCACUGGACAUGGAGUCCAAGGACUGGCUCAGUUCUUCCCAGUGGAUCAGUCUGCCUGCCAGUUGCCUGCCAUCUUUAGGUCUUGGGGAUGCUCCUUCGUGGUGCCAGGAGUCAGUGGCCUUUGAGGAUGUAGCUGUGAACUUCUCCCUGGAGGAGUGGGCUAUGUUGAAUCCAUCCCAGAAGAACCUCUACAAAGAUGUGAUGCAGGAAACCUUGAGGAACCUGGCUUCUAUAGGGAGCAGUUUGGAGCACCAUAUCAUUGAAAAUAUAUACCGAAAUUCCUGGAGAAAACUAAGUGGUCAGGUGAUGGAGGGACUCUAUGACUGUAAAGAUGAUCAUCAGUGUGCAGAAAACUUCGACUUCACUACACACAGCAUUAUAAACCAGAACGUCUUACCAGGAGUACACAUAUGUGAAAACAGUGGAUGUGCAACAGUAGUCAUUGGCCAUUUAUCUCUGAGUGUACUCCUUAAACCUGACCCAAAGCGUGAACCGUACGAAGAUGAGGAAUAUGGGAAGGAAUUAUACAAUACGGAAUUUGGGGCCACCUCCAGUUCUCUCACAUCAUUUGAGAACUAUGAAAGUACUUAUACUCUAGAAAGGAUGUAUAAAACUGAGCGCUGUGAUGAAGACUAUAGAUAUGGUCAAAAUGUUCAAAAGACUUUAAAUGAAGAUAAGCCCUUUGAGUGUAAGCAGUGUGGGAAAUGUUUCAGUUCCUCCAGGUACUAUCGAAGGCACGAACGACGUCAUCGUGCAAAGAAAUGCUAUAUCUGUAAGCAGUGUGGGAAAGCCUUUGCUUUUCCCACUUACCUACAAACACAUGAAAGAAUUCACACAGGGGAGAAGCCGUACGUGUGCUUGCAGUGUGGGAAAACCUUUGCUCAUUCCCGUUCCCUUAAAACACAUAAAAGAACUCACUCCGUUAGGGACCUCUUUGUGUGCAAUUACUGUGGGAAAACCUUACGUCAUUACAGUUCUCUUCAAAUUCAUACAAGAAUUCACACGGGAGAGAAACCUUACGUGUGUAAACCAUGUGGGAAAGCCUUCAUUACCUACCGGUCCUUUCGAAUACAUGAAAGAAUUCACACUGGAGAAACACCAUAUGAAUGUAAGCAGUGUGGAAACACCUUCAUGCGUUGGAUUCAGUUACGAAAACAUGAAAUAAUUCACAGUGGUGUGAAACCCUAUGCUUGUAAGCUAUGUGGAAAAAGCUUCACUUGUUCUGGGUCCCUGAGAACACAUGAAAGGAUUCACACUGGGGAGAGACCCUAUGUGUGUGACCAGUGUGGGUAUAGCUUUACUCGGUUGAAUUCACUUUUAAGACAUAAAAUAACCCACACUGGUGAGAAGCCUUAUGUGUGUAAUCAUUGUGGGAAAACUUUUCCUCGGUCUGCUUCUCUUCAAAGACAUGUCAAAAUUCACACCGAGGAGAAACCCUAUGUAUGCAAACACUGUGGGGUUGCCUUUGCUAGUUCUACUGACCUUUUAGAACAUGAGCAAACUCAUGUUGAUGAAAAACCUUACAUAUGUGAGCAAUGUGGGAAUGCCUUUGUGCUGUGGAGUCAAUUUCAGAAGCAUAAGGCACUUCACGCCGUCCCCGUUUCCUAUGUGUGUAAGCAGUGUGGGAAGAGCUUUACUUCUUCGCGGUCACUGAAGACACAUGAGAGAAUCCACACUGGCGAGAAGCCCUAUGAGUGUAAGCAGUGUGGGAAAACCUUCCUGUGGUCUUACUCCCUUCAGAGACAUGAAAAAACUCAUACUGAUGGGAAGCUCCAUGUAUGUAAACAGUGUGGGGAAACUUUCCCUUACGACAGUCAUCUUCAGGUGCAUGAGAAACUGCACUUUGACGAUGAACCUUUUAAUUGUAAGUACUGUGGGAAACCCUUCUUCACUUUGAAUCAUUUGCAUAGACAUGAAUUACUUCACACUACCCUGGAUUCCAGUGUUUUUUAGUAAUGUGAGGGGAAAUUUUUUUUUUUUUUUUUGCGCUUUUGGCUUUCAUAGAAAUAAGAAAAAUCAUACUGAAAGAAGACUGGAUUUGUGCUAUCAAUGUGGAAAAACCUUUUGAAUUGUUUCAUUGAAACACGCAUGAGAUGUCACAAUGAGGAGAAACCUUUUUUUUAAAAAAAAAAAAAAUGUACAAAUGGUUUUUGAGCUUAAAGCUCCUUGCAGUACAUUAAAGAGAAACGGGCCUGUGAUUGCAAGCAGCAUGGUGAAGCCUUCUGCAGUCCCGGAUCUUGGAGGAGACAGGAGAAAACUCAAGCUUUAGAGAAACUUUUAUGUGUGUGUAUGUGGUGCUGUAAAAAGGCCUUUUCUGCUUCCCCAUCCCCUCUGAAUACAUGGAAGGAGUCACUGGAGAGAAACCCUUCACAUAUAGGCAGUCUGGAUAGUCACGGGUUAUCACAUCCUCUUACAGACAUGAAAGAACCUACUGUAGAGAAACCUUAAAAACAGGAUUUGUGAACUCUUCAUUAUCAGCUUCCUAGAACUCAAGAAUGUGCAUGGGGAAAAUUCCUAAAAGUGGAAACCUAUAAUGAACACCAUCUGGCUCAAUGAACAUACAAGGAAAGAACUUGAUAUGGAGUGCUAGUCUUCUCAAAAGAGAUGCUCAAGGUUUCAUUUGGCACAGAUGGAAACAUACUGGAUGUAAACCUCUGCUAUUGAAAAACAUUGGAAAAUCUAGAGCAGUAGCAAAUAAAGGAAAAGUCCUUUGAAUUUUUUUUUUCAUGUUUAAUCUGAUAAAUGUCAGUAUUAUGAAGGACUGGACGCAUUAGGGUUUUUUUUUUUUUUGUAGCAUGCUCCAGGAAAUGCACACUCUGAUGAGAAUGUUAUCAGUAUAGUAUUUUGUAUUUAUUGAAAAAUUUCAGGGGCUGAUAGGGAUGAGAUAGCCUUUAAGAGCAUCUGCUGCUCCUUCCAAAGGACAUUGAGUUAGCCUUUAAGAGCAUUUGCUUUUCAGCACCAUGUCACAGGGCUCACAACUGCAUGCGAUUCUAGUUACAGGAGAUCCAGUUCUUCCCUCACACACUUGUACACAUAAAAAUAAAGCUUAAAUAUUUUUCUAGCUUUUUUUCCCCCCAGAAAAGCUUUUGUUGUAUAUCCCAUGUUUACUCGGAACUGUUAAUCUUCCAGCUUCCAGCUUUUGAAUGUUUAAAAUGAAAUGUCUCUGCUUCCACAUUCACCAUCAUUAUCUCCUGUUUAAGAGUCCAUCUUUUGACUUGUUUUUAAAUUUUACUCUACAAAAGCAGCAGUAAGCAGAGCAUUGAGUAAUGUGGAAUGGCAGCUUAAAUGCAUGAACUGCAGACCAGUAAGACCUACAUAUGAAACAUGCUGACAGGAAUAGAAAGUGCAUUUUAUUACAUUUGUGAGAUUUCUUAAAGCAAUCAUUUAUUAGUUUAAUGGGUGAUAUCUUUUUGUAUCAAAUAAGUAGAUGCUUCUCAUUGUAAAUUAUGUUGGAUUCAUUGGUGAAUUGAUAUUUGAAGUAUGCCAGUCCACCUAAAUAUCUUUAAAAGCAUUUUAGUAUUUAUGUGUGAGCAUGUGAGUGUAUGUAGACAUAUGCCAGUGGAGGCAAGAAUGCUUUGGAGAUAGCAUUACAGACAUUGUGACAUGUUUGAUGUAUGUCAUGGGAUCAAAAUCCUAGUCUUCAUGAUAGAACAGUAAGUACUCUUAACUGCCGAGCCUCCUCAAGCUCCUGCAUAAGUGUCUUGUUUUUCAGUCAUGUUUAAUGGAUAGUUAAAAAAAAUGGCUUUGUGAAUAUUGGAAUAGUCCUAUUGGUUUUAUUUGGCUGAUUAUGAGCAUUUUGUGUAUAUGCUCAUUUUUCAUGAAAAAAAAAAUGUGUGUGUGGAUGAGUGUGUUUUGGAGAGCAUUGUUUCUGUGUUGUUGGUAUGGUUGGUGAUGUUCACAAAGUGAACAAAGUAAUAUCUUGGUGUCUUGCUCUGUCACUAUGUUGUUCCCCCAAGACAGGGUCUCACUGAGCCUGGAGUUGAAUGGCAACCAGCAGAAGCAUCUCUUGUCUCUACUCCCCAUAGUGCUGAGUAUAGAGACACUAUAGAAGUUGGGUUUGGUUCUUCCUCCCAGCCUCAGGUUCACAAAAUAAGACUCAGACUCAAAAUAUAUUUACAAAUACCUUAGCCAUAUUGCUAAGCUCUUUUCUGACUAGAUCAUAACUAAAGAUAACCCAUUUAUUUUAACCUACAUCCUGCCAUGUGGGUGGUUACCUGUACUAAGGUACCAUGCGCCUAUCUAGUCACAUCUUCCUGGGCAAAUCUCCUGCCUCUGGCUCUAUCCCAGAAUCCUUUCUGUCUCUUGGAUGUCCCUCCUUUCAUUUCCUGCCUAAGUCAUAGACAAUGGGCUUUUUAAUUGACCGGUACAGUACAGAAGAUAGAUACUUUUUCUAGAGAUACUCUCAGUCAUUCCCAACUUUUUAUUACUAGGGAAUGAAAUUUGAGUCCUCAUGAUUGCACAGCAAAGGGAAUGAAACUUGAGUCCUCAUGAUUGCACAAGUGGCUCCCCACUUAGCCACCUCCUCAGGCCUAAACCAGUUUUAAAUUGAUUGAUUUUUUUUAUGUUGCUCUCUGAUGUCUUCUCACAAUCCUGAGUAUGUGUUCUUUUGACUUUGAAGUAUUUUCAAAAUAUUUUUUAGAAUAGCAAAUGUUAGGGUUGAUUUUGUUUUGUUUCUCCUAUUCAGAAGGUAGGUAUAAGAAUAUUGUAAUCAUAGGUCAGACUAUCUUUCCAAGUUGACUUACUUCUUUUUUAGAAUUUCGUACACGUACACAAUAAAAGAGAAUCAUGUAUACAGUUUCUCCUUCCAACCCCCUCUAUUUUUCCUCAACACCCCCUCUUAACUUUGUCUUUAAAAAUAACCUACUAGUCUAGUUAGUGUUGCUCAUACGUGCAUGAGUAUGGGGCCAUCUCCUGGAGGAUGGGCGACCUACCAGUAGUUACAUCUUCACAAGUUAUUCUCCAGCCCAGCAGCUGUUCACUGCCAGUAGCUUCUCAGUAAGGGAGGUGCUGGGAUUUACAGUGUAGGUCUCGUGCAUGCAGUCACAUUUGCUAUGAGUUCAUGAUUAUAGUAACCAUGUCAAAAAAACAAAACAGCAUUUCACAGCACUCCUCCCUCCGGCUCUUGUAUCAUUGCCUUUUCUUUGCUUUUCCCUGAGCCUUGCUGAUGGUGGAGAUUAGUAUAGCUGUCUCAUUUAGAGGUGAACAUUGAGUCUUUCUUUAGCCCUUUGACCAGUUGUGCAUCACUCCAUUGACAGCUGUUCACUGUAAAAAGAAGCUUCUCUGACUAAAGUUGAGAGCAGUCAAGGUCAGUUGGUGCCAAGAGCUGAAUGGAUGGCAGGAAGUUAGUUUUUAGAGUUUUUUCUUUUCUUUUUCUUUCUUUUUUUUUAGAUGGUGUCAUGCUACAUGGCCUUGGCUAGCCUGGAACUUUCUAUGUAGGCCAGACUGUUAUUAACUUGUGCUUAAUAUUUAUUUUAAGUCAUGAACUAUUAUGUGUGUGUGUGUGUGUGUGUGUGUGUGUGUGUGUGUGUGUGUGUGUGUAUGUUUAUGUAAUUUUGCUGCAUAAAUUUUGCUUUUCAUGUAUAUUUCAUUUUCAUUGUAAUUUUUCUAGCUAUCACACUAAGAUAUAUUGGUGUUACUGCCUUACUAAAACCAUGUGUUCAAUAAAUUUACUAACUCUGUAUACAUGGUAAGUGAGUGGCUCAUCUAUAAAAGGAUUCUCCAUAUUGCUUCUGUCAGAACUGGUGUUUUAAUUUAGGAGGUCUUACAGGGAUUGGAUUCAGUGUCCUGUGUUGGAUGCACUGAGGGGUGACUGAAGUUCUGCUCUUGUAAUCACCACAGUUGUUACCCAGAAGUCUGAGGGCUGGAGUGAAAGGAGGUGGAAUUCAUGAGCUGUGCCAUUUAGUCCCCCAGUGAGUAGGAGGUACUUUGCUAUUUCAUGAAUCAGAAUGUUUCACAGUUUUUCAACUUAGGUGUCCCUUUAGAAUGCCUUUCUGUCAUAGUUAUUAAGGAACAUUGUUCACGGGUAGAGGCUUGGUACAUGUCCUUCAGUGGCAGCAGAAGUGUGUUGCUGUGUGAGGUGAACAGUAGUGUUCUGGGUCAUUUUUUAAUUUCUUAGUUUCUAUAUAAACACUAAUGUUUACUGUAAUAUGAUGGAUGCAGUUGUCCACAUAUAUAGGUGUGCCUAGAGUUUCCAUAACAUUACAUUAUGAUAAAUAAAGUGCAAGUACAAGAAAAGCACUUUACACUCAACCUAGUGGUCGUCACACCUUAGGCUAGUCUACAGCAACAAUUUUGGCCACACAUGUUUUCCUUAAGUUGGAGAAAGGGGCUUUUUCUUUGUAUAUAAUUUUUUUAAUUAAAUGUUUUUUUUUUUUAAAUUGUUAGCUCAUAUGUUGGAAAAGUUACAGGUUUUCAAAUGACAUUGUAACCCAGGUUUCCGUGUACUUUAACCAUAAUCACUGUUUCUUGUUCCGUUUCUUCUCCCCAGGGGGUCUGUUCUCUCAAAUAGAUUGACUUAGCAGUUCAUCUCUCUAGUUUGUUAAAAUUUAGAAGGAACACUGUUUGGAGCUGAGUUUCCACUUACAUAUUGAUCUCUGGUUCCAUCAAUUUUCCUGCAGUUCCUGGUGACCUAAAAUAGUUUAUGUUUCAUAUAUACCACAUUAAAAAUGAAAAAUUUUUAGUUUAUCUAUUGAUGGGCACUUAGGCUGAGAUGGGCACUUGGGCUGAUUCUAUAAUUGACUGUAGUGAGUUGUGUAGGAACUCGAGUACAAGUGUUUCUGGUAUAAUCUGACUUAGAUUCCUUUUGUUGUAUACUAAACGAUAGUACGGCAGGAUCAUAAGAUAGUAUAUUUUGAUUUUUGAUGAGACUUCUGUUUUCCAGAGUGACCAUGCUAAUGUACAUUUUCAGGAGCAGCUGUACAUUUUCACCAGUUUGUGUUGUAGUUUGGUUUCUUGAUAGCUAUUCACUCUGGGGUAAAGUUAAUUGUAUCGAGAAUUUUCAUGUAUUUAUUGGCUAUUUGUACAUUGUUUGAGAACGGAUUGUUUCCACUUGUAUUCAUUCAGUUACUUGUUUAUUUGUAAAAUAAUUUUUGUUGCCUUGUACUGGUUUUCUCAUUGCUUGUUUCUGUACCUAAAGUUGCUUUUAGGCUUGCUCUUUGUGUGUGUGUGUGUGUAUGUGUGUGUGUGUGUGUGUGUGUGUGUGUGUGUACUUUUUGUCAUAUAUUAAUCCCUUGUCAGAUGAAUGAGAGUCCAAAGAUAUUUUCCCCCACUCUGUGGCUUUCUCUGACAAUUGUUUCCUUUUUCUUUAUAGAAGCUCUUUAACUUCUUGCAAUGAUUAACUCCCAUUUAUACUUGGAGGGGGGUGUUGUUUUGUUUUUGUUUUUAACAUGGGUUCUUGGUUUGUAGGCCUGACUGGACUGGAAUUUGCUGCAUACAUGGCUAGCAUCUAAUUUACAGCUCUCUUCCCUCCUCUGUUUUCUGGGUGUUAACAUUAUAAUCCUGAGCCUCUAAUGUCCAUUCCCUAUUUGUCAUAGUUCCUGUAAUCUAUUAGAUUGAGAAUGCCAUUGUCCAUUCUGUCCACCUAUAGCUUCAUGUAUUCUGUAGAUUUUCCUCUGAGUUUCAAGUUUUGUAAGCCUUAUGUUCAGGUCUUUGGUUCAGUUUGUGUUGCUUUUAUACAGAAUGAUAAAGGGAUUUAGGGACAGUCUUGUACAUACAGUGCUGUUUUCCUACUAAGGCCAUUUAUCCUAGGCACGAUUUGGAUACCUUUGCUGAAAUCAGAAGGUGUGGCUACAUGGUUACUCUGGGGCUGUACUCUUCCAUUGCUCUGUGUCUGUUUUUAAGUUAUAAUAUUUUACUCUGGUUUUAGAGUAUAAUUUAAAUUGGUGUCAUAUAACUCUAGCUAGCAUUGCUCUUUUUGCUCAGCGUUGCUUUGACCAUUUGGAGUAUUUUGGUUUUCUUACAGUUACAGGAUUGUGUUUUCUAUUUCUAGAAAUAAUGACAUUGGAAUUUUGAGGGGGCAUGUGUUGAGUCUGAACACUUUACACUUUUUCAUAUUAUUGUGGUGAUUUGUGAGCAUAGGAAUGUUUUCCAUUUUCUAGAGCAUUCAAUUCUUUAGUGUUUUUAAAUUGUCAUUAUAUACUCAGCUUGACUAAGUUUAUUCAUGGGUGAAUUUGACUUUUUGUCUUGUUGCUUCUUAGGCUUUUGGAAGACAAUUUUUGAAAAAUUAUUUUAUCACCAUUUUCAUUGUUAUAUAAAUGGCUACUUGUUUUUUCUUUUGACUUUAUUGUACUUCUUUGAAGUAAUGAUUGGAUGUAAGAGUCUUGGUGUGGCACUUUGAGUCUUUUAAGAAUAUGAACAUAAGAGCAGUCAAGAGCACUGGCUCCUUUCCUAGAGGACUGAGGCUUGAUUCCCAGCACGUAUGUGGCACCUCACAACUGUAACUCCAGUUCAAGGAAUCCAACACCCUCUUCUGAUCUCUGGGCACCAGACAUGCACAUGGUACACAGAUAGACAUGCGGCACAACACCCUUACUGGGUAAUAAUAAUAAUUUUAAUAAGAUGCUCAUAUUAUCUAUAAAAAGAUAAUUUGGCUUCAUUUUACUUCCAUUUUCUUUCCCCCGUGCUCAGGGUUGAACUAAGGAGCUUGUAUGUGGUAGGCAAGUGGUGUACCACUGAACUGCAGCCACACAAUUGUAUCUCUUUCCUUUCUCUCUUUAAAUUUUCCAGCUAGGAAUGCAAGAGAUGUAUAUACAGUUUAGAGAAGGUGGACACCUUGUGUAACUCCUGAUAGUUAAGAGAUGUUUUUAGUUUUCCUGUUUGGUAUAAUUUUCCUCUAGCUUUGUGUGUGACAUUUCUUACAGUGUGGUGUGUUCCUUUUCCUAAUUUCAGGAUAUUUUCAUCAGGGAACAGAGAGAGCUUUGAAGUCCACUUCUCCAUGGAGUGAGGUGAUCAGUGGUCUCAAUCCUUGAAUAUCUGUAUUUUCUAUGUCUAAUGAUUGAUAUCUGUGGAAACAUGCUUAUAUGCAAAGAAUGAAAUUCACCUGAUUAUAGUUUGUGGUGUUUUUAAUAUGUUGACUUGGCUUGAGAGUAUAAUCUUGAGAUUGUUUUUUCUAUUUUCAUCAAGGAAAUUGUGUUAUAGUUUUCUUUGUUGUUGAGCCCUUCCUGGUUUUGGCAUCAUGGUAAUACUACUACCUUUUAAGAAUGAAUUAGUUAAGUGUUUCUUUCCUUUAUAUUUAGUGAAAUAGUUUGGGAAGCUCGGUAGAAUUCAACAGUGAAUUCGUCAAGUUCUGUGCUUUCCUUGUGGAGACAAUUCAUUUCUAGCUUAAGGAUGUUCCCCUUUUACACUGCUCACAUUCCCUUGACUUAUUUUUCAUCUGUUAAUUUGUUUUGUUAUUGAAUUUUAUCCAUGCACAUAAUACAUUUUGAUCAAGCCCACACACUCCCAUUCCUUUCCCUCUAAUUUUUCCAUCCCUCCCACCACUUUUGUUCUCAAUUUCAUUUGUUCUCUUCCAUUUUUAACGUGCAGUCUCCUUAGUGCUUCCAGUAUAUACAUGAGUGCAGCUCCAUAUUCUGUGGCAUGAGUAGCCUUUCCCUUACCCAGCAGGCAUCAGUUGCCAAUACUACUCAAGAGUGGGCCUUUCCGCACCCCCACUCCGUGUUGGGAUUUUUGUCUGGCUUGAGCUUGUGUAUGUAGUCACAGCUGUUUGUCAGUUAGUAGGUGCAACUGUCCUGUUAUAUCUAGAACACACUGUUUGACUAUAAUAAUCCACUUUCUCUGGCUCUCAUAUUCUUUCAGCUCCCUCACCUGUAAUGCUCUCUGGUCCUUUGAGAAAAGAAAUGUGAUGUUGGCAGAUGUUCCAUUUAGAACUGAGUCCUCCAAAAUUUUUUAUUCUCUACAUGUUGAGCAGUUGUGAGUCUAUUAAUUACAAUCUACUGCAAAAGCAAUAAUAAAACCCAUCUUCUGUGAUGAAGAUACAUUUUUCUAUAAAGAUACCCUUUAACAGAAUAAUAGGUUAGUAGAAAGUUCUUCACAUUAAUACUGCCAGAUUUGGGUUUUUAUCUUGUGGAUUGUGUGAAAUGGGCCUGAAAUCCAGUCAAAGUGGUGGGUUAUUCCAACAUUCAUGCCAUACUCAUGGCUGUGUCUUGUCAGACUGAUCUGUAAUUGUAGCUCCGAGGCUACUCAGCUGGGUUAAGCACAGCAUCAUCCAGCGCUAUGGAAGCUAGCCAGUGGGAUGAAGCCUUAGGUCAGUACAAGCUAUGAUUUCUUAAUACUCUUAUCACUCAGAGUGUGGUGUCUUCAGUGAUGAGGUCUUACUGUCAAGUUCUGUGUAGUAACCAAGGACAAUCUCAAUAGCCUAUAAUAUUUGGAGGGGGAGGUCUAUGAAACCUCUAACUUUUGGCCUACUUUUGAUAUUUCAUAUAUGUCUUGAAAUUCUUGAUUUUUUUUCCAGUUUAUUAUAAUAUAAGUUUUCAAGGUAUCCUCAAAUCAUUCUCUGGAUUUCAUUUUCUGUGUAUUGUAAUCUCUCUCUUUUCAGCUCUAACUUUAUUCAUAUGAAUAAAUGUAUAAAAGAAAGCAUAAGGUGAUAGACAAUGAAGUACUUAAUUAAAUUUUGUAACUAUUAUGACUGCCUGAAAGUUGUAUACGGAACAGCUACAGGGUUAGAGUUUUUUGAGUGGUCACCCCUCCUCAGUGUACUUUUUGGUGAUGCAACUGACUUUGAGUCACCCUUAUUCCUGUAAGUGAUCCCUUAUUGAUACUCCUGUAAGUAAAUCUCAAUAAAAUCAUUGUUCUCCAA